CUUUUGCCCAUCGUCUAAUCUCCGGCUUUCCCUUCUUCCUCUUUUAUUCUUUUGUUAUUCUUCUCUUCUUCGUCUUAUUCUUCUCUGUAUCAUUAUUUCUUCCAGCCAUGCUUCACCGCCGCUCCUUCAUCCUCUCCUUGGCGGCGUUCGUCCUCACAAUUACGGGCUUUACAACCCUGCUAUCUGCAUAUCUCAACUACGACUCCAGCGCGGAUGGCCCCCCUGCAAUGUCAAUCAACCACGAGCUUUUCUACAUCGCUCCCCCGCUCAACCCCAUCAAGCCCCCUCCUAAAUACUAUGCCGAGCCCUCAGUCAGAGACCCCGGCAAAAAGAACUUCCACGACCUGCACUACGACAAGCGCUUCUUCCAACGUGAGCUCUCCGUCCAAGACCGCGAGCACUACAUCCGCGAAAUGCUCGGCGCCUGGUUCCAGUUCAACGAAGACAACAACCUGCAGUCCUGGAUUGCUCACGGCACUCUUCUCGGCUGGUGGUGGAAUUCCGAACCUCUUCCCUGGGAUGUCGACGUCGACAUCCAAAUGUUUGUCCGUUCAAUGCAGCAGCUCGCAAAUGGCUUCAACGACACCGUCUACACAUUCACGAACGAGACCGGACACACCCUCAAAUACUACAUCGACGUUAACCCUUACUACGUCUACCGUUCGCGUUCGAACGGCAUGAACGUCAUCGACGGCCGCUUCAUCGACAUGCAAACCGGUCUCUACAUCGACAUGACCGCGCUCGCCGAGGCUGACCCCAUCCGACACCCCAACAUCGUGUCCUGCAAGAACAACCACAAGUAUCUGAUUGACGACCUCGUGCCCCUUCGCCGUACUGUCUUUAUCGGCAAACCCGUCUACAUCCCCUACGAAUACGAAAAAGUACUCCAGAAAGAGUACUCCCGUCGCGCGCUCACGAACGGCAGGUUCCAGAAAUACGUGUUUUCUGUCGGGCUCCAGAAAUGGAUUCCCGAGGCUCAAUUUAAUAAGGAGCACCGGCCCUGGAACGACAUCGGACGCGGCCCCGCGACCGCGCCCAGCGAAAGAAUGAGCUCCGCCCCGGUAAAGGUCGCAGCCAAUUCUCCCGGCAAAGUGAUCCCCGGAGCACAUGCCCGAGCUUCAAGUAAGACAGAAGAAGACACAGCAGAGACUGUGUUCAAGGAAGUGAGCAUCAAGAUGAAACCGCGCAAGCGCAUGAGUAGCCUCUCUUUCGGCUCGCUAUCAGACGGUAGCUGGAAACGUGACGUGCGGAUAGAGAAGGACGCUUAAUUGUCCAUUGUCUAUAUGCGUUUAUUGUUUUAACUUAUGACUUUCUUGUGGUUUUGGAAUAUAGCAUUGUUUCCUGCUGGUAUUCUCUCAUUGUUGUGAUUUUGAUUUAUGCCUUUUUGUCUUAUCUAUUGACUACAUACAUAGCUUGGUUGGUUCUAUGUUUAUAUCACCGUUUGUGUGUCUUUUUGGAAAAUACGUGCACUCACAGCUGGAAUACGCGGCGUCUUCAUUUCAGCAGACUGCUUUGAUGACCAGAGUUUCCUUUUUUUUGGGUUGUGUUGCGAAUGUCGAAAUGUGAAUGGGUUAGCGACGACAGCGACAGCGACGUUUGGGAUUUCGUUCUUGCUUUCUCUAUUCCUGUCAUUUACCUCAUUAUGUCUUAUAACUUUGACUAUUGUAUAUACUUUCUUCUCUUUUAUUUGGGU